AUGCUAAGAUACAUCUUUUUGUAUUAAAAAAAAUAAGAUGAAUAAUUACAAAUUUCUAGAACUGAUAAUCUAGAAUUUUAAAAAUUAGCAGAAGAAAAGAAAAAGUACAGAUACUAUAAAGGUAAAGGAAUAAAUUCGAAAGAAAAUAAUUAUUAAGGAAAAGUAACACCUUAGUUAUUAGAUUGUUUAAUUAAUUUGGCUAUAAAUCAUAGAAAUAAAAUCCUCAUAAAACAAUAUGAUUGA